AUGUUUGGUGAAGGCCCCGAGGAUGGUUCCCGGGUUUACAUCCCUCCGUUGCUGGACUCGGAGCGUUCCGACGAUCCCGACGCCUCCGACAUCCUUCCUGAGGACGAAGAGCACGGCGUCUCUUACAUCCCCGUCUGGCUACGGGAGUCUUCCAAGUCCUUCAAAUGGGGCUGGUACCGCUACCCAUCCGGAAAGUCGCUCGCGCUACCGGAGUAUGGAAAUGAAUGCGGCCUCAAUGGAAACGACUGCCGUCCGUUCACGGCGGCGACCCUUCCCUUCCGUUGUCCUGCGAACUGCCGGGAUGCCAAGUUGGCGGCACCCCAUAUGGUUGGCAAUCAGACUUACAGCUAUAAAGGUCUCGUGGUUGGCGGACCCCAACCCGGGUCGGAUGAUACCCCGGUCUACCGGGCAGACAGCUUUGUUUGCCAAGCCGCUAUCCAUGCAGGUGUUAUCACAAAUACUAUUGGAGGAUGCGGUGUUUUGAAGCUAGAAGGCGCGACCCAUUCCUUCCCUGCAUCGAAAGAGAAUGGAAUCAGCUCGGUUGGCUUUCCAUCAACGUUCCCCAAGUCAUUCAGCUUUGCUUCCCUAGGUUCAUCACAGGAAACGUGCCCUAACGACCCGCGUUGGCCGCUCUUGGCAAUUACCAUUGGUGCGCUAGUCACCUUGUGGCUCUUAUGCCGUUCACCCCCAGUACUAUUCUUUAGUACCUUUUUCAUGGUUUUCUGCCAAGUGGGACUGGUGUCCGAUCCACCGACACUUCCUCAGUUUGCCGAUCUCGUUUCUAGCUUGCUUGCGAACCUCUUACCGGCUUCAUUCGUGGCCUUCGUUCUGUUUAGGUACUGCGCUCGGCCACUUCUCCGGCCCCUCUCAGAUGCCACCUAUCAGAUGACAAAGACAUUCCUCUACUUGCCUCCCGUGUUCAUUGGUGCAUUGAACAACUACACCUUUGCACGAUUGAUUCCUCUCGAACGCCUUACGCCUCACGAUAUCCAGCAGCAGCCUGGAGCGAAGGUAGCGUUGGCUAUGGUUAUUCCGACGGUUAUUUGCAUUAUUCUCAGCCAGGCCUGGCAGAUCCGCCAGGGCGGUUUAAUGCCGCAUUAUCUUAAGAUCUAUUGCACGAUGGGUCUUAUUCUUUUGAUCUUGCUUCCGUUGCCUGGCCUCCGCCUCCGAAUCCACCAUUAUAUCCUUGCAAUUCUUCUCAUGCCUGGCACUGCACUUCCUACGCGACCUUCGCUGGUUUACCAAGGACUGCUUCUUGGACUUUUCAUGAACGGCAUUGCUCGAUGGGGUUUCGCGUCGAUCAUCGAGACGCCCGCCGCACUGGGCGAGCUUGCCCCGGGACCUGGUGGAGCUCACGGAUGGUGGGGAAGUACUUUCCCCAACAUUACCGAUGCAACAGUUAACAUCACCCUCCCUGGCUCGGGAUCCAACGAAGUGUACCACGGGAAUGGCAACAUUACAUUCACGCUAUGGGAGAAGGAACGCAUGGCUGAUCUUGGCGUGGACGGUAUUUCGGUCCUAGUCAACGAUGUGGAGCGCUGGCGUGGGUACCUUGAUGAGGAUACACUCGGAGAAUUCACAUGGCAUCGCCACGGGCAUAAUGGCCUGGAGCUCCUGCACCGCCCGACGAUCGAGAGCGACCAGGCCGAUAUCGAUUCGAUAGACACGGAGGACGAGGACGACAAUAGACCUGAAGAUCUGUUUUUCCGUUUUGCGUUCCUAAAGGGAGCUGAAGCAGGCAAGUACGGCGGUGCCGGUGUGUGGCUGGAGGAUGGGGGGUGGAUUUCACCGCCGCCGCCAAAGGAUUAG